CCAGUGCAGACAGUAUUACUGAGAGUCACCGAGGGUCAUAGUGCAGGAGGAACCCCUAAGAAUAAGAACCACCAAGAUGUCUUCAUCAACAAGAGAACAUGGAGGUGAAAAACCUGCUCCAGAAUUUGUACAGAUGAAUAACCUGGCCUGCGAGAGUGUUGGAGGGAAGGUGUUAUUUGCUACUGAUGACUGGUUUGCUGCUGCAGAACAUCUUUUAAAAAAAAGCGAUCCAGAAUUCAAAGUUGGACUCUUUACAGAGUAUGGGAAAUGGAUGGAUGGUUGGGAGACGAGGAGGAAAAGAAUUCCUGGUCACGACUGGUGUAUAAUCGAGCUGGGCGUUCCUGGAGUCAUUCAUGGGUUUCAUGUGGACACACGUUUCUUCACUGGAAAUUAUGCACCACGCAUUUCAGUUCAGGUUGCAUGUUUACAAGAAAAGAUAUUGUUGCCUCCAAGAGGGGACAGAAUUGGAUCUGCUGCAACUGAAGAAGAUUUUAAAGCCGUUGACAGGCUACAUUCAGAAAAAUGGGAAUAUUUACUUAAAAUGACAGAGCUUACACCAGGAUAUGUGGAAUCGUGCCACAGCUACUUCCAUGUCACUUCAAAAGAGAGAUGGACGCAUAUUCGACUCAACAUAUACCCAGAUGGCGGAAUAGCUCGCUUUAAAGUCUAUGGCAUCGGACAGAGAGAUUGGUCUUUAUGUGGCCCAAAUGACCUGGAGGACCUUCUUUCGAUGGCCAAUGGAAGCGUGUGUCUUGGAUACAGUGAUGCACAUUACGGCCAUCCGCGGAAUCUCAUAGGCCUAGGAAGAGCGGGUGACAUGGGUGACGGGUGGGAGACAGCAAGAAGACUUGAUCGGCCUCCCAUUCUAAAGGCUGAUGAAAAAGGCAUACUCCAAGUCCCGGGAAACGAAUGGACGGUGUUUCGGCUUGGCCAUCCUGGUCUAAUAACACACCUAGAAAUAGACACUAACCACUUUAAAGGUAAUGCACCAAACUCAUGCAAAAUUGAAGCCUGCGUUCUGACUCCAAAAGAGGAAGAAAAGAGAAUCAAAGACAAAUGGGCACUGACACCAGAUAACAAAUGGAAAACUCUUCUACCUGUGACCCAGCUCCAUCCUCACAAGAGACAUUUUAUUGAGGGAACGUCUUUAUCACUUCAAGAAGUCAUAACUCAUGUGAAGAUCACCAUUGCUCCAGACGGCGGUGUAAGCCGAUUACGGCUCUGGGGUUUUCCUCGACAGUUGCCUUGAGACAAUGAAUACCAUUCCGCCACUAGAAGGAUUGUCUAUGUAGAUCCCCUCAUUUAGAUUCAUUUCAGACAUUUUAAUAGUAUUAAUGUGAAAAUAAAUCUGCAUGACAUAGCUGUAAUUCGAUAGUUCAAUAAUAUGAUACUCUGUGUGUGUCUGUAUUCAGUUCCACCGGCUAGGGGGAAAAUAAAAGUGCAAAAACUGAA